CAAAGGUUAAGCUUGAAGUCUGUUUCGCACAUUAGCUGUCGCUCACAACUGCUUGAUAGGAAUUUGAUUCAGUCGGGAAAAAAAGGGAUUUGUCUUCUAUAUUCCUUUAUUGAUCCAUCAUCUAACAAGAAAAUGGAUUUGAGGCCUAAAGGAUCUGCUGCCGUUUUCGUUCUCCUGGUUCUUUUCACAUUCUGCACGUUCAGUGAAGCGCAAAAUCUUUGCUCGGUGACAGACCGGUUAAUUUUUAUUCGGGAAAACAACAAUUUGGGUGCCACAGUUACAACACUCAUCGCUGAGGAAGGGGUGAUGGCCACAAUCACUAGUCAGAAUCCAGAGGGUCUCUUCAGCCUCAACGGAUACGAUCUCAUUGCUGAUACUGUGCUGGACUUUGAGACGUUUGACCAGAACAAACCUCAUGAGGUGAAUAUCGAGUGUACAAAAGCUGACUCUCUCUCUACCACACUGAAUUUGAAAAUAGUCGUCGAGGAUAUAAAUGAUAAUCCACCAGCGUUUGCAGAGAGUCAGUACACCCUAAAUGUUGAUGAGUUAUCAAAAGUGGAUACCAGUGUUGGCCUAAUCACAGCAACCGAUCCUGAUAAAAAUGAUAGACUUUACUACCGACUGGAUUCUCCUGAGGGAGAAUUUGACCUGGAGGCCAGUUUCAAUCCCAACAUUCUGGUGAAAAAACUGUUGGAUUAUGAUAAAAUUAAAAUAGUCACAAUGACACUAUAUGUGCAGGACACACCGAUUGGAUCUACAGCUGAAGUCUCCCACACAGCCUCAACCACCAUUGUAGCCAACAUCAUAGACAUUGACAACCGUCCACCGUGGUUCCAGCCUUGUACACAAACCGAGUUUGGCACAAGCAAAGUGUGCAUUAGCUCUGGUUAUGAAGGGACUGUCAACUUAAAUGAACAAGCGCCAGGUCCUUUGUCCUUGAAGCCAAGUCCAGUCAUAGCCAUUGAUGGUGACCUAGGCAGAAAUGAGCCCAUUGGCUAUGCGUUUCCUGGAGCAAGUGAGGAUCGUGUAUUUCAAAUCGACACUGACACCGGGAGCAUCACGAUGCUGAAACCAGUAGAGGUGGCAGGACCGAUUGUCCUUACAGUCAUGGCAUAUCAGAAAGAGAACGCCCAUCAGUUUGCCACCACUACAGUCAUCCUGAGGGUGGUGAUAUCCAGCACGUACCCUCCCACAUUUGUGAAGCCCAGUUAUGAAGGCUUUAUCUCAAAGGAUGCGGAUUUGGACAGCCUGGUGCUGGAGAGCAAAACAUCCAACAGACCCCUCAGAGUACAAGCCACAGAUAAAGACUUUUCUGAUGGCUAUAAUCCUAACCUCAGAUUUGAGGUUGUAGCCGGCACUGACUUCUCAAUCACUCCAGAGGGUUUCAUACUCAUGGCGAAGGAGGUUUCCCCGGGCACUGUAAAUUUAGAAAUGAGGGUGGUUGACACAACCAAUGAAGAAUCAAGCACCGCUUCACUUGUGGUGGAGGUCACACCAGGUGGACAGCAGGUGAAAACAGGUGAGUUCAGUUCGGGCGAUAUGGCGGCUGUAGGGGCCUCUUUGGCUGUGGUUAUCGUUCUCUGCUUGGUUUGCAUUGGACUGAUGGUGCACCGAAUCAAGGGCCAUAAUGCAGACUGGAAGAAGAUUUCCGAGGCUAGCGCCUUUCGUAGCACACUUGGUGGAGGCUCUGGCGGUCCUAAAGAGGGUGUGCAGUACUGCAAUGAGGGCUUCCAGCACGAUGCUGAUUCUGGAAGUGUGAACACUAAGUUAGCUGCAGACCUGGAGAACAAACUGGAGUCUGGGCUGAAGCCACAGCAGAGACGAGGGUCAGCGCAGGACAAGACGACCCCCAGCGCCGUUCUCCAGACCACCAGCAGCUCUCCACCCGACUCCAGCAGCCUGGCAAGUUCAGACACCAUCGACGGCGAGAAGGAAGUCAAACCGAUCCUGACCAAAGAGCGGCGCAAUGAGGAGGGAUACAAAGCGGUUUGGUUUAAGCAAGAUAUCGACCCCAGCACCAAAGAGGAAGUGGUCAUCAUUCCUGACACUGGUGAAGCAGAUGGAGGCUGUGAGGACGAUGACGACAUUGAGGAAGAGGACAACCUAAGGACUGACAUGGAUUCGGACGAUGAGGACGGACUGAUGACUGAGGAUUUGUAGACCUCCGAUUGGUUUCUCCAGUGCAACACCUGCAAAACACAAGGACUUGAGUUAAGCUCAAAUGUUUGACACUUUAGUACAGUAGGAGCUUUCAAAGAUUCAUUAUAAGUUCAUUUCUGUGUUUUAAAGUCUAUACAAAUGUUUUCCUUUUUCAUAUUACUUUCUGUUAACAAGUCUGUAAAUAUGGUGCGCAACAUGAAUGUAAUUUUCAGUUUCUAGCACGAAAGGUCAACGUGAAAGUUUGCUUUCUAAAUAUAUGUUGCUGGUUUUUAUUGUGAAUGAUUCAUCAGUGCACAUGAUUUUGAAGAAAAUAUUCAAUAUCACACAGAAAUAGAUUAUGGAUGUAAAAUGGAUUGUAAAAUGUGUUUCACGUUGACUAAGUGCUGUGUAUAAAAAUACUUUUAUUAAUAGUAAACAGUUUACAAUGUAAAUUGUUUAAUGUCAGUUCUUUGUAGAAAUUCAUUUACUGUAAAACAUGAAAAAAAAAAUAAAUAAUAAUAAUUACUUAAACCUGGUGUCAUUUAUUCUGUCUCCAAACUGAAUUUCAAGUAAUUUUUUUUUUGCCGAUGUUUAGACUUUUUCGGGAAAAAAUAAAAUAAAAAUCAACCUCAUUGUUUACUUAUAGUUAUGAGAAAGCAUUUUAACAUUGAGAUGGCAUAAUUUGUGGCCUGUAUAACGAGACAGUUGUUAUAACAACCUUGUGACGUGAACUGUUUAUUUGUAUAUCUGUGACAUUGCAGUGGACUGCUGCCCUUUCACAUAAUCAUCCACAACGAUCAUAAAUUCUUCUAUAACAACUUAGAUAAGAAUUAAUGAUUAACCUGAGAACUGUGAUCCAUCUGUGAAUGCUGUAUUAUUAGUUUGCAUGCUAUUAUAUACUGUAAUCUAUACCACAAAUAAACACACUGGAACAGAUCUUUA